UUACUGUUGAUUUUUGGGUUUUUUUGGUGGUGUUUUUCUCUGAAUUUCUGAGCUUUCCUUUGAAGCACUGAGUUCACUGUGUUAAACUUGUGUCCAAAACACUCAGACACUGAGCACAAAACGGCAGUGACUUUGCUGUUAGAGCACCAUUCACUGCCACUCCCUGAGUGUUCAGGGAGUCACGGGUGCACGUGUGGGGUGUCACACGUGGGUGUUGUGAUGGCUCAGGGGGUCUGAUGCUGAGGGCAGGAAGGACAUUUCUGCUGGAUAGGGAAUGAGCCACUUUGCCCCUAGAGCAGUGCUUUCCCAUCCUCUGCAGCUGAAUGCAGUGCAUGGGGAAGUUGCUGAUUUAAUAACACAGCUCCAGAGGAAACACCAUCCCACAGGAACAGGAGAGAGGAGCUGGAGAGUGUCCUGGAGGACGAAAGGAGUUUUCAAGCGAGAUUUCCAAAAGAGAUGAAGAACGCUUCAGACAAUGACACAAAGGUGCUUUCCAGGCAUCAGGAGCUGCAGAGAAGCUUUGCUAUUAAUGAGAUGUUCUGGAUUGGAUGUAAAAAGCAAAAACUAAGAGAAAAAUUGGAGGUCUGUGACACCAGCAGGUCCCAGAGGGUGUUGAAAAAAGGAAGGUAAAUGUGAAUGGUGUAGAGACCAACCUGUUUUGUCUUGAAGGGGUGGUUGAUUUACUUGCACAGCUCAGAAUGAGCUAAUCUUCCACUGGAGGAGAUAUUUCAAAGUCAUGGGAGCUGAGCUGGUUCUUGGUUCGCAUUGUAUUUGAUUCACACCAGUCACACACAGGACUGUCACUGCCUCGCCACUCUGACGUACUGGAGUGAUACUGGGAGAUAUUUAUAUCUGUUGCCAUUUCAGCUUGUGCCAUCACCCAGCGUGGACUGGGAGAGGCAUGCCUGCUGUUUUGGGGAGGUAGAUGCUGUCUUUGCAGUUGUUGUAAAUGGUUUACCGUCCCACAUUGGCAUUGCUUUCACUCAUGUGUAUGAUGCUUAUGAGGUUGGAUGAAAACAUUGGGAUGCUGAUAGAUUUGUUGAUGAUUAUUGGGUGAUGUGCCUCAUAAUAUGACUAAUCUUUCAAAUUCCAUCAUCUCCAAGUUAUUGAAAUACUUGUUACGACAAAAAAUGAUGGAGUACUAAAUAAUAUUUGAGCCAGGCCUCUUAAAUUUUAUAGUGUCAUUACUGGAUCAGAACUGAGGAGAGAGAAUAUAGUUGUGACAUACACAACACAUAAAUUUAACAUUAGUUUAGGCAAGCUGUUUAGUUUAUUGUUUGACUAAUCUCUACAUGGAUUAUCAUUACAAAAUGUAGCCUAAUUUCUCCAUAUUGGGAAAAAGCUGAGUAUAUCCUAUCACAGCUCCUUUUAUCUUUAAUUAUCUUUUUUUCUUGUAGGAUUUCUGCAAUUCAGUUUCAAAUUGUUGUACCAAUUCAUAUGGUAAUCCUUUGGACAUAGCAGAGCUUCACAUUGAGGUGCUCAUCCUGGUGUUUGGUUAGCUUGUCUGAAAAUGUCUCGUGUGUGAGAUAUGGUGAGAAAAAUCAACAAUUGCAAAGGAUAAUCCAUGGGCAAACAGUGCAGAGAGUGCUCCCUGCAUGCCAACGGUUUGGCAGUGCUUAUGCCCAAAGUUCCGUGUUUAUUUCUGCUGAAAAACCACCAAAACUGAGAGGAACUCACAGGGAAGUGGUUAAAGUCUCAGGGUGCCGUUGUUGUCAGUGUCAGAGCUGUAAUGGGUAUUGAAAGGAGGGUUUAGAGGAAGAAAUUAGAUCCUUCAGGAUUAACAGGAGGAGUUAGUUACUCCUAUGGAGGAGUAGUGAGCAAAGUUAGUUUGGUCUUUGUCAUCAGUGUCAGAAAACUCCCUCAGAUGUUGGUGUUUCCAGGCAGUUCUGUGGCAGUGACUUGGGGCCACAUCAUGUUUUCCAGCUCCUGCCCUUGGGCUUGUUUCACCGCUAAAUAUCAACACUUGCUCCUGCCUCCUGUGCUCUUUGUUGCCAGUCCUUGGGACCUCUCUGGAACACAGCCUGUGUCCUGCACUCCUCUCUCAACACAUCUGUGUUUCCAGGGAAAUGUGCUUCUCAGUGUAUCUUGGUGAUUAUAGAAAUGCUGAUAGAAUUCAUGGACAUCCAAGCUUUGGUAGGAAUGCACACCAGAGGCAGAUCUAGGAUGUAUUUGGAAGUACAGAAGUUGAAAGUAUCAGCAAAUCCUGCAGCUCCUGAUAUUGUCCCUUAUUGGUGCACAAUUGGCUGAGCUGUUUAUUAUUUUCAUUUCUGUGAAGAACAGCAAUAACAGGACCGUUUAUAGAAACUGCACCACCGAACCCCUGAAGUUGGCUCAGCCUUGCUUUUUUUUUCCCCAAGAUUUGACAUGAGUGCUAACUUCAGAACCACGACAUGACUGUCUUCUGCUUUCCUUUGCAACUCUUUGGUACUAUUUUUUUCCAGAGAUGAAUCGUAAUGCCCCAUUUUGUCUAUUAAAGGCCCUGCCUGAACUCUUUGGUCUCCUUUGCACUAAGGUUGUAGGGUAUUUGUGCCAAAAUGAGUCUGCAGGAGUGAGUCAGCAUCUUCCCUCAGCCCUUCAGUGUCUGCUGGUGGGGAAGGUCAGCCAAAAAUUCUGCUACUUGUUACACCACGUGGAAUUAGCUAGAACUGUGCCUUUCCCUGAAUUAAAUCACUGGUUAAUUUAAUUAUAUUCUUUUUAACAGGUUAAUUAUAUAUUUUUUUUUAAAUCAAGCCACCCAAAAUUGAAACUUAUAGUGUUUAUUUUUCUAAGCAAUUAGGUAAUUGAUUAAACUACUGGCUAUUGUUAGUGCAAUUAUCUGAAUUGGCUCUUGAUUAAUACUGACAGUUAAGGAAAAGAGCUGUUCGGGAUAAACCAACCAAAGAAUAUCAACAGGAUGGGUGUUAAAUUUUACAUAAAAAUUGCUCAGAGUGUGUUACUGACAUAAAUGCUGUCACGUGUCACACCGUGGUGAUCAAAUGAGCGCUGGAGGUCAGUGAAUGAAGUAGGAUUAGGUAUGAGAAAAUCCCUGAUUUAAUCCUUAAUAACAUGACAAGUAGCUGGAUAAAAGGUGCUGUGUAGGGAUGGAUGAUAUUUAUUUAUAGAUCAGAGCUUGUGUGUUCUGGGACAUAUAAAGACGUGAUAUUUAUCUAAUAAUAUUUAUCUGAAAGACAUGAUAUUUAUCUAAUAAUAUUUAUCUGUGAAUGACCCUGGCUUUCACACUUGCAGAGCAAGGCUGGUGUUUAUCUCUCCUAAUUGUUUGCUGCAGUUAAUUUGCUGGGUACUAAUGAGAUCCUGAGCUCAAGCGUUGCACUCAGCCAUGUUGCUGAAGAUCACCUUGUCUUCUGGAAGCAGAAACACAGUGAACAGAUGAAUCCCUCCAGCUAGACAUUCCUCCAGUAGAUCCCUCUCCUCAUGGAACACCCCAGCAGGGAGGAGAUGGACUUGAAAGAGGAAGGUUCCCAGGUGUGGGCUGAGUCUGCAGCACAGGAACAGAGCACUGCUCAGGUGCACUUUGUCCCCGAGGGAGGGGCGGUGGCGCAGAUCGUGUACAGCGAUGAGCAGGAGCGGGGCCCGUCCCAGCAGGUGGUUUACACGGCCGAUGGCACCUCCUACACCUCGGUGGACACCUCAGAGCACACCCUCGUUUACAUCCACCCCGUGGAGGCUACGCAGACUCUGUUUACAGAUCCAUCCCAAGUGGCUUAUGUCCAACAGGAUGCCACCACCCAGCAGGCAUCAUUACCGGUGCAUAACCAGGUGUUACCUCCCAUGGAGGCAGUGGAUGGUUCUGACCCUUUAGCACCUCUGCAGAAUCAAAUGGAAAGGAUAGAAACAAAAGAGGAAGAUGAUGAGGAUGAAGAUGAGGAUGAAGAUGGGGAAGACUCUGACAUGGAUGAAUGGGAUCCAGAUCCACCUCGACCCUUUGAUCCCAAUGAUUUGUGGUGUGAGGAGUGCAAUAAUGCACACCCCUCAGUGUGCCCCAAACACGGCCCUCUGCACCCCAUCCCCAACCGGCCCGUGCUGACCCGGGCGAGGGCCAGCCUGCCCCUGGUGCUCUACAUUGACAGGUUUUUGGGAGGAGUGUUCUCCAAACGGCGCAUCCCGAAGCGAACACAGUUUGGGCCUGUGGAAGGGCCCCUGGUCAGACAAACCGAGCUCAAAGAUUGCUACAUCCAUUUGAAGGUUUCUCUUGAUAAGGGUGACAGAAAAGACAGAGACUUGCAAGAGGACCUGUGGUUUGAACUUUCCAGUGAGGCUCUGUGUAACUGGAUGAUGUUUGUGCGUCCAGCCCAGAACCACCUGGAGCAGAACCUGGUGGCUUAUCAGUAUGGCCACCACAUCUACUACACCACCAUCAAAAACGUGGAGCCCAAGCAGGAACUCAAGGUGUGGUAUGCUGCCUCUUAUGCUGAGUUUGUGAACCAGAAGAUCCAUGACAUAACUGAGGAGGAAAGGAAGGUUCUCAGGGAGCAGGAGAAGAACUGGCCCUGUUACGAGUGCAAUCGGCGUUUCAUGAGCUCGGAGCAGCUCCAGCAGCACCUCAACUCCCACGACGAGAAGCUGGACUUCUUCAGCCGAGCCAGAGGCCGAGGUCGUGGGCGAGGGAAGAGGAGGUUUGGACCAGGCAGACGCCCCGGGCGCCCUCCCAAGUUCAUGCGCAUGGAAGUAACCAGUGAAAAUGGGGAAAAGUGUGAAGAAGGGACACAGGACUUGCUGCAUUUUUCCAGCAAGGGGCAGUUUGAUGAGGCCGGACAAGCCGCCCUGAACGGGCUGGAGCAGCAGGAGCAGACUCCGGUGCUGCCGGAGCCGCAGCCGGCCCUGGAGCAGCAGGAACCCCCCGCGCUCCAGGUGCAGCCGCAGCACGAGGGCAGCACGGGGCCCACGCAGAGCACCAUGACAGCAGAUGACAUGAGGAGAGCCAAGCGCAUCAGGCUGGAGCUGCAGAAUGCAGCUCUGCAGCACCUGUUCAUCCGGAAAUCCUUCCGGCCCUUCAAAUGCCUGCAGUGUGGGAAGGCCUUCCGGGAGAAGGACAAGCUGGAUCAGCACCUGCGCUUCCACGGCCGGGAGGGUAAUUGCCCCCUGACCUGCGACAUCUGCAACAAGGGCUUCAUCAACAGUGGUGCCCUCGAGAGCCACAUGAAGUUCCACAUGGACCAGAAAACUUACUCCUGCAUCUUCUGCCCCGAGUCCUUUGACCGCCUGGAUCUGCUCAAAGACCACGUGGCCAUCCAUGUCAACGACGGCUAUUUCACCUGCCCCACCUGUAAGAAACGCUUCCCAGACUUCAUCCAGGUCAAGAAGCACGUGCGCAGUUUCCACUCUGAGAAGAUUUACCAGUGCACAGAGUGUGACAAAGCUUUCUGCCGCCCUGACAAGCUGCGGCUCCACAUGCUGCGGCACUCGGACCGCAAGGACUUCCUGUGCUCCACCUGUGGCAAGCAGUUCAAGAGGAAGGACAAGCUGCGGGAGCACAUGCAGAGGAUGCACAACCCGGAGAGGGAGGCCAAGAAGGCUGAUCGGAUCAGCCGCUCGAAAACCUUCAAGCCCCGGAUCGCAUCCACCGACUACGAGAGCUUCAUGUUCAAGUGCCGCCUCUGCAUGAUGGGCUUCCGCCGCAGGGGCAUGUUGGUGAAUCAUUUAUCCAAGAGACAUCCAGACAUGAAAAUAGAAGAGGUGCCAGAGCUCACGUUGCCCAUCAUCAAACCCAACAGAGAUUACUUCUGUCAAUACUGUGAUAAGGUGUACAAGAGCGCCAGCAAACGCAAAGCACACAUUCUGAAGAACCAUCCUGGUGCUGAGUUGCCUCCAAGCAUCCGGAAGCUGCGUCCUGCAGGCCCAGGAGAGCCGGAUCCCAUGCUGAGCACCCACACCCAGCUCACAGGCACCAUUGCCACCCCUCCUGUGUGCUGCCCUCACUGCUCCAAGCAGUACAGCAGUAAGACAAAGAUGGUACAACACAUCCGUAAGAAGCACCCAGAGCUCGCUCAGCUCCCGAACACGAUCCACGCCCCGCUGGCCACGGCUGUCAUCAGCUCCACCCCUGCUGUCCUGGCCACCGACAGCACCACCGGCGAGACCGUCGUGACAACAGAUUUACUGACCCAGGCCAUGACAGAGAUAUCCCAGACCCUCACCACGGACUACCGGACUCCCCAGGGGGAUUACCAGCGCAUCCAGUACAUCCCUGUGUCCCAGUCCACAACUGGCUUGCAGCAGCCUCAGCACAUACAGCUGCAGGUUGUUCAAGUGGCCCAGGCUACCUCACCUCACCAGUCCCAGCACUCCACAGUGGACGUUGGGCAGCUCCAUGACCCGCAGACAUACACCCAACAUGCCAUCCAGGUGCAGCACAUCCAGGUCACAGAGCCAUCGCCAGCAGCUCAAUCAUCACCACAGGUUGGAGGUCAACCUUUGAGUCCCUCCUCGCAACAACCCCAGCAGGAACUCAGCCCUUCACAGAUGCAGACUGUGACACCGACACCAAACCAAGGCCUGCAGCAGCAGCAGGGCUCCUCAGUCCAGCACACGUAUCUCCCCAGCACUUGGAACUCCUUUCGGAGCUACUCAUCAGAGAUUCAAAUGAUGACCAUCCCCCAAGGGCAGUACGUGAUCACAGAGACUGCUGUGGGUACCCCGGUUACCACUGUCAACACGGGGCAAGUGAAAGCAGUUACUCAGACUCACUAUGUGAUCUCGGAGGGUCAGCCCGACCUGGACAAACAAACGUCCUCGCUGCCCAGCGAGGUACAGGUGGGUGUUUCCCAGCCCCCGGAGCCCCUGGAGUCCCAGCCGAGCAGCCAACAGCAAACCACCCAGUACAUCAUCACCACCACCACCAACGGCAGUGGGGGCAGCGAGGUGCACAUCACCAAACCCAGGACUUUCUCAGCAGAACAUGAGUGAAGCAGCCCCACGGUGUCAUCUACUUGUCUUGCCACCUUCCUGACAGCCCAGAUGUGGGGGUACCCUGGGGCUCCGUAUGUUUUGAUCUCUGUUCACUUACCUUCAACUAAAAUCUUGGAGCUCUUGUUAAUGCUUUAAGAGGGUUUAAGUCCCCAGUGACCAUGAAGUAUGCUCAAAAUCCUUCUGGGAUGCUUUUAUGCAGCUUUUAACAAAAAGGACAAGAGAAGUGAAACCUCUCUUUGCCCUGGAUUUUAUUUUUGGCAUGUCUGCUGACCCUUACUUUUUGUUUUUGGAAGUGUCUCCAGCGAACAACUUUUUAUUUCAAUUGUAUGGGAAAAGCUUGCCUAGCUGAAGGCAUCCUGGCAGAUUGUUGUAUGUAUAUUUUUAACGGGAGCCUUUAAACAGGAGGACAUCAUGUAAAUUGCCAGGGUAUGGCAAAACUGCUUCCUGUGGCUUUGUUUCAGCAGCCAAGGUGAAAGGGAAUGUCCCAGCUCAACAUGAGCAGACUGCCUGGAGAAAGGAGCAGCAGCAGCCAAGUGGUGGCUCCUUGUGUCCCUGUGUGGGGAUGGAUCAAACAGUAAAGAUGUGCCGAAGCAGUCCAUUAAAUUAUCCUUUUUCCAGCCCUCCAGAACUGUUUACAUGCUGUUUGCCCUGCCCUGUGUUACCCAGCAGUUCCACAAAGAAGGAAAAGGGGAGUCUUGUUGUUGGACAAAGUGAUUGAAAUCAUAGUAGCACCCGAGGGUACUACGGAGCCACUGUUGACUCUUUCCCCUGCACUGUUUGGAGGGAAGGUUGCUUUUUUGCCUGUAAACAAAAAAAUAAAAGGCUCAGCUUAACCUGCACUUUUGACCUAAGAUAGUUGUGCCAGGAGAAAAUGAGGGUACAGGAGCACUGCUCUGAAGGGACUGGGUCCUUAUCUCUGUGGCCACCUCAAAGUGAACAUGUUUCUCCCCUUCAAGACUGGAUGGAGAGUUGGUUACUCUGAUUUUUUUCCAAAUAACCUUGUUAACAAUGCACUGUAAUUCCUUUGGACAGUUCCAUAAAAAGACCAGCCCUGGACUCAGGAAACACACCAGAAACAUUCUUGUGGACCACUGUUUAUGGGACACAGAAAGCCAUCUGUGAGGGUUGCCUGCUUUGGUGGACCUGGUCCGUGUACAGAAUUCAUGUUGCAUUUAGGGACCAGGAGAAAGGGAAAGAGAAGGUUUAUCUUUUAAGGCAGUAUAAUAUUUUUUUCCUUACAUAAUUCUCCUUCACAGGUCUUGUUGGUUGGUUGUUUGAUGCUUCUGGUAGUUGCAAGAAUAUGUCUAGAACUCCAUUGACUCCUGAUGGGAUACACCACGUAUGUCUGAACCUCCAUUCUCUGCUGGAAAACUCAUCCCAGAAUGUCUGUGCAUAACAGAAUACAUUUAUUUAUAAAACAAUAACAAAGAAAGAUGUUGUGUCUUAGAGGCCCUUAAGACAGAAGAACUUAGAGAGGUUUUUUUGAUUUGUUUUCUCUUGUGCUGCACUGAGUGUGAAUGCAGGACUCAUGUUCAUGAGUAUUCCCAUGGAUUUAUGUGAGGAUUACCCAUGAGUAAGCACUACAGAUUGUGGUAUCAGGUUUUAUGGAGUUAAAGCUCUUAGACACAGGAGAACUUCACACUCAGGCUGGACAAGAGGAGGUCUGGUUCCUUGUGGGCAAAGCCUUGUAGCGGGUAUUGCUUUGGUAAUUAACAGAUCUGUUAAUAUGGCGUGGAAAGAGAGAUGAGAGAAAUGAGAUGGCAAAUCCUGGCCAGCUCAGAACUGUUCUGAGGUAGCUUUAAAGAGAGUUGCCAAAAUGGGGAUUAAUUUAUUCCUGGGAUUUCACUUCUCUUGCUGUACCACCAUCUUGGGGCAUCAGUUAGCUGGGUAAAUUUAAGGAGGACCAGAGCUGCCAUUUAGUGCAGUGAUGAGUGACUUUAAAUUUCAUGGAUUUGGGAGCCCAUCGACUGUGGUAGCAUGGCCAAGUGACCACAAUGCCUACUAAUUAAUUUGAAUUUGUAUUGCUGAGGACUUUGGAAUUACAAUGUCAGGCAUUGCGAUGAUGUUGGUGUGGGAGAAGAAGAGGGAGAUCUUGUCUUGGCUUUCUUCAUGCUGCUGCUUAUUUAAUAAAGAGCCAAAAAUAGUAUUAGUAAGAAAAUAGCAGACUUGGAAAUAUCCAGGGCAAUACUGCCCUACAGCAGCAAUUUUAUAGUCUUAAAUGUUUGACAAUAGAUGAACAUCAGACUUGUUCCCAUUAACAAUGUUGCACAUGUGGGGUUUAAAACUAUUUUGCUCUAUUCACCUUUGUUGGAAUGGUUUAUGAACAAGGACAGUUGUACCAGUUAUUUAAAAUGGAAAACUACAACAGAAAACCAUUUUAAAACUCAAAUCUUUUUAAGUUUUUGAACUCAAAUCUUCCUCAUCAGAGUUUUUACUCUGUCCCUCAGCAGCAUAGUCAGGCCAUAACUGAAGUGAUUCCAAGUGUCCCAAGUUAAACUAAUGCCCUGUUAUGGAAGAAGCAUCCCUGGAAAUGGAAGUACCAUGAAUUUUCCUUCCGAAGUAAGGAACUACAGUGAUUGCACAGUUGGCAAAAAGCAAGCAAGAAAAAAAAAGACAAUGAUUGCAUGGAUUUUUUUUUUCCCAUUUCUGCAGUGCAGAAUGUAUAGGUUGUAUUAUUAUUAUUAUUAUUAUUACUAUUAUUAUUAUUAUUAUUAUAUUUUUAAACCAGAGCAACCCAAAGAUCUCUCCAGUCAUGUCCCACAGGAACGUAACUCCAGAGUCCUCUUGGUUGCCUGCAAGGUCUAUGUUUUGCUCGGGGAUUCAGGCUCCUCAGGGUCUAAUGCUGUCCCCUGGAGGUGUUUUUGGGUCAGAUCCUGUAUUUUCCUGGAGGAAAAAGAAAACAACCCCAACCCACGCACCCUGAUCGUGCACCUCUCAGACUGCUCGGGCCCCAUCUCUUAUUUAAGUGUGUAUGUUUAUUGUACAUUUGGUGACUGUUGUUGUGUUCAGAGUCUCGUGCAACCUGGCAGGUGUAAAAAACAACCCCCCCCGAAAUUAAUAAAUCUUUUUCUCUUUUUUUUUUUUAAA